AUGCAGCUUACUCAGAGGGCCGAUCGGCUUAUGGAGAUGCACGGUAUUUCCAAGUCGUCACUUUCAGCAUUCUCAACUCCCUCAACUACUCCUGCGUCUUCCUUUUCGCAGUUGGAGAUCGGGCUUACCAAGCUGGCCGGUGAUAUAGCUUAUCUCCAGAAGCAAACAGUUUCUCCAUCAUCACGGAGCCAACCGAAGCCGUCCACCCCGCAACUUCAGUCUGCAUAUUCGCCUCGUUUAAACACAGCCGCCACUCGCUGGUAUCACACCACUUUUGGUAUUAAAGCACGUCGCUACAUCACCCCCUGCUCCUUCACCUCCAGGCAGAGCAAACGGGUAAAACGGGUCAACCCGAAGGUCAGUGCAGCCAAUCUUCCCGACGGCUUGAACCCUGGCCGCACAUUUUACGUCCGCUACACCCGGAGUGGCAGACUUUUCUUCGUUGACACUGGUGCCCAGCUAAGUGUCAUUGCACCCACACCAGCUGAUCGUCGGUGACACAAUUCCGACCUUUUCUUACAGGCCGUCAACACAUCGCCGAUUACCCCAUUUGGCACCUGCUCCCUCUCUCUGGACAUCGGUCUCCGGCGUCUUUUCCUUUGGGUCUGCGUCGGUGCUGACAUCUCCUGUGCCAUUUUCGGCUCAGACUUCCUUACCGCUUUCAAUCUUCUGGUCAACUGCCAUCAGUCCCCUCUACACGACAAGACCACCAACCUAACUAUCUGGGGUAUCUCUUCCUCCGACGCUUCCCGUCAACUCGCCAUCUUGGACCCUGAACGUGAGAAUCCAUUUCGGCAGCUGCUCGCCAAAUACCACGGCCUCACUCAUCCCAACUUCAGCGCUUCCUUUUCACCACAUGACGUUGUUCAUCACGUCCGGACCACUGGCCUCUCGUAUUUUUUUCGGUCCCGCCGUCUCGCGCCUGCACGUCGUCCUGUCGUCGAAGCCGAGUUCGAGCAUACGCUUCAGGCAAGCAUCAUCCGUCAGUCGGAAAGCCCAUGGGCCUCACCCCUCCACAUGGUCCCAAAGGCUGCCACUGGUGACUGGCACCCCUGCGGCGAUUACAGGAUCCUGAACAAAGUUACCGCCUCGGACUGCUACCCUGUCCCGCAUCUUCAGUAUUUUGCCGGUGCCCUAUUUGGCAAGUCUGUAUUCUCGAAGAGCGAUCUGGUCCGUGCCUUCCAUCAAAUUCCCAUCGCCCCAGAGGACGUUUCAAAGGCGGCCGUCACCACCCUCUUUGGUUUCUUUGAGUUCCUGCGCUCGCCGUUUGGACUCCGCAACGCCUCCCAGACCUUUCAGAGGUUAGCAGACAGGGUGCUUUGCGGCCAACCAUUUGUCUACGCCUAUACCGACGACCUUUGGUAGCUAGCUCCAUCACUGAUGAACACAUGGAGCAUUUAGCAAAGACGUUUGACCGCCUACAACAAUUUGGCGUUGUCUCCAACCCUUCUGAGCGCGUUUUCGGUGUCCCCCUAGAAUUUCUCGGUCAUCUGGUCGACUCCCACGGCAUGCAUCCUCAUCCACCAAAGGUCACAGCCAUCCGUGAAUUUCCACCUCCUUCUUUCAAGCGUCAACUGCAGCGAUUUCUGGGUAUGGUAAAUUUCUACAGUCGGUCCCUCCCGCACUUUGCCGACACCAUCCUGUCGCUCACGAGCCUUCUCUCGGAUCCCAUAGGUUCGUUCGAGCUGUCUGCAGACGACUUCGCUGCUUUUGACAAGAUGAAGGCUGCCCCGGCCGACGCCACUCUCCUGACGCAUUUUUCUCCCUAUGUUCUCAUUUCCCCAAUGGUUGACGCCUCCAGUAUUGGAGUAGGCGCAGUUCUCUUACAGAACCUUGCAGAUCACAUCCAACCCUCAGCUUUCUUCUCCAGGAAGUUAUCACCUGCCAAGACGCGCUACAGCACAUUUGAACGGGAGCGCCUUGCUGUUUUCCUCGCCGUGGAACACUUUCGGCACCUCCUUGAGGGCAGGAACUUCACUGUGUUAACGGAUCACAAGUCCCUUUCCUUUGCUCUCAAGUCCACCCCCGACAAUCUCCACUCCUGGCAAAUUCGCCAACUGGACUACUUCUUGCAGUUUACUUCAGAAAUCCGCCACAUCUACGGGUCACCCAAUGGGGUGGCUGACGCACUGUCCAGGCCCUCCAUCGCACGUCUCCAAUUUUCUCCUGGGAUUGACCUAGCUGAGGGGGUUGCCAAAAAACUUCGUGAUGAUUCUCCCUGUGACGAGGACGUUUUCGGACUCCAACUCCAAGACCUGCCACUGACUACUGGCAACGGUAGCAUCCUAUGUGACAACUCCACCACUUCCUGCCUUCCCUUUGUGCCGCCGUCCCUCCGUCGCAAGGUCUUCUCCUCCCUAAACAACCUUUCUUAUCCUGGAAGUCGAGCUACCGACAAGCUGGUUUCCGACCGCCUUCUCUGGCGUGGGAUGCACAAGGACCUGAAAGCAUGGACACGGGCGUGUCUCGGACGUCAAGGGGAUAAGGUCCAACGGCACAAAAAAGCUCCCAUCGGCACCUUCCCUACUCCGGAUGCAAGGUUAAGUUAUGUCCACCUGGACAUUGUAGGCACCUUUCCUCUGUCCAAUGGCUGUUCCUAUUUCCUCACAUGUGUGGAUCGAUUCACUCGGUGGCCGGAACCUAUCCCCCUACUUGCCUGGAGAGUGCAUUUGCGGCGACUGCUUUCAGAGCCUUUGUGCACGCACUUCCCCAGCAGUAAAGGUUACCCAACCCAGUCCGUCUUCCCUGACUUCUGAUUUGGGAAUUUUUGUCUGCGGACUACACCACUUCCGACAUACUUAAUUGCGCUUUUUGCUUUGUGCAUGUCGUUUGGUGAACGAUUUCUGCUCCUGGUCGACCGUUUUGGGCGUUAUGGUGAAACCUUUUUUUGCCGUUUAAUAGAGUCACGUAACUGGGUCCGAGAUCUGCGUCAUUGUUCUGCUCUGGUUGGGUGUUGAUGCCUCGGUAUGCUCCUUUUGUUUUUUUUCCGACCUCCCGCCGUAACUGCUUUAGCUAUUAUGCGUUCAUAUUAUCGCGGGUGUCAAAAUCAGCAGUACUUACCAGAAGCUGAACUGAGGGUGGCGGUACGUUAAUUAUUUUGUUUAAAUUGGGUUAUGCGCUACUUUUUAUCGCUGCCAGAAUUAGGAGUGCUUGCUAGAGGUCCAACUGAUGCAACGGCAUGCUGAUUAUCAUGUUUAUACUCGGUGUCGUUAUUCUGGCGCUUGGGUCUUCGCAUAGGUGUUAAGUCUGGACCUGUGAAUGAGUUCAGGUUUUGCAGACUUCUGCUUAAUUGAACGUUUUAUAGUACUAGAUCGGCUUGCAUCUGAGACUGGAAGGCCACUAAGACCUGGUUGUUUUUCAUUUUGACCUAAUAAACAAAAAUAUACUUCAAAGGUGUCAUGGAAGAUUUUAGAUAGUUCACUUUGGCCCAACUGUGAAAAACUUGGCGCCUCGGUGGGAUUUGAACCCACGACAGAAAGGGGAAGGCUUUAGUACGGCCAACGCUCUAGCCACCUGUCCGUGCGUAUUUUUGUGUGUUGGGCUGCUGCUUUUGCCAGUCCACGUGUGUGCAUAUGUCCACUCUGAUGUUAGCGCCUAUGCAUGUACUAUUGUGUGGGUUUAUUUUUGCUUCUUGUGUGAAGUCCUUUUGGCAAGAAUUGCGCGGAUGUUUAGGCCGCACGAUUGUGUAAACUCUCGAAUUGUUGGUGUUGGGCUAAAGGAACAAUACUAUUGAAUCGGCGUUUUGAUCUACCUACGACUUCUGAUGGUACCAAAUGCAUGCGCGAUUCCGUUUGUGGUACGCCUAAAGGUCUGUAAGACUUUGCUAUUCCAGGAUCGGCAAACCAUAGCCCUCGCAGACUGGUGUGCGCUGGCAGUUCUCUUGCACCUGGUCUGCUGCCGGUAGAGGCGCACACCCUCCCUCUGGGUAUGCAGGCCCUCGUCUUUGUGACCCUUUGUGAUGUUGUUGUUGGUUGAAAUCCUAGUCAUUUGGCGUGUGGGUCAGGGAAUGUGGAGUGGAGCGCCAAGGUGCGGGCUCGGCCGCGCCAUCCACCUGCGCCUUCCCCCACCUCCAGUCUUCCUGACUCUGUCUUGACACCGGACUCAGGAGAGAGUGGGGUAGGUGCUGCGCAAGUCUACACUUCCUAUAAACUAAAUCACACGCAUGCCGCUAUGCCUGCUUCACUUUGCUGCGGAGCACACGGUGGACAUCGUCGGCAACGGCGGUCGAACUAUCAAGUUGUUCGUAAAUGUAUUUGCGUUCAGUGACGGGUAAAAAUUCGUAAAAAUGUGAUCGUGUUUCUCGAUGGGGGUUUGCAAACGCAAAAUGACCGAGAUAUCUGCUUCAUUGACUGUAACUUUGACAUCAGUCACUGUUUAUAGUAGGGAGUAUAUAAGGACUAAGGCGUUAUUUUCCCAUAACUUAUAAAUCUAUGUGAUAAUUGACACAAAAUAUACCAAAACCUUCGAAUACUAACUAAUUUGAACUUAUCUUGGGUCUGAGGAUUUAGAAUGGGUGUGCAAAAUUGGGCCGUCAAUCCUUUGACAAUAUGUGUGAAGCCCCCAUCGGUAAGCUUAAGGGGGCAUUCAGAUAUUUCGUCAGCAGUGCUGGAAUACUGCCCGUCUCACAAAUACCGUGUUUAUCUGGGGGCCAUGUGAAACAUAUCUCGGCAGCAUGUUGUUUUGAAGACAUGCAAAGAAACCGCGUCUGUGAAUACGGAGAAUCCUCCCAAAGGGCAUAUACUUCCAAACGUCGAGCCAGAUGGGGCAAUUCGCACCCAAAGACGUUGUCACUUUUUUGAAGGAGGAGACACGAUCGCUGGGACAAGAGCUUUAUUAGCCUGACGUUUCGGGUUCCUCCUCGGACCCAUCAUCAGAAACAAAAGUAGAUACGAGUGGUUCAUGCACAAGGGGCUGCAGUAUUUAUAGGACGCAGUCGCCAUGCUACCGCAUACCUAUGAAUAUUUACGCCUCCUCCCUUCAUCAGAGAUCGUUGCAUUUGGUGUGCUGACUGUUUGAUUGCCGACAUUCGCGUCGUUAAUUGUUGCAAUUUCAUCACGUGCGUUGGAUAUUGGGGUGAUGAUUGCUCAACCAUCUGACCCACCGACCCUGGAGUUGGGAAAAGUGUUCACCUGUGCGGUUCUCGCGUGGCUAAUUACUCCGCCUAGGCGAAGUCUCAACACUGAGUAUGGAAGAGGAAGGUAAUUGCGCUCGUUAAUGGACUGGGGACCAGUAAACCAUGAUUCAAGCAGCUCGCGGCUCACGCGCUUUUCACAUCUUGAGAGAAUUCCCGCCCCGUCGAAUUUGAAUGCUUGGCCGAAUCUCGUCGAAUGAGCCGAAAAAUGAGAGCUGGCGUCAUUUUUACGCACCGCCGCAGCGUGUUCGGCCAUUCGCGUUCGGAGAUGUCUUUCGGUUUCUCCGACGUAGUUGCUUUGUCCGCAACUGCACCAGGUCCGAUAAACGACUCCAGACGUUUCUUGAUGUUGUCACUUCGGGCAAUGUUCAGGUAGCUAGGUUUUCGAAACACAGACUCGGUAGCGUGAGCUUUUUCCAUUCAAGUGCCAGACGGUAAGCAUUUAGAGGCUUGCACACUGCAGAAGGGGAAUAAGUAUUCGCCACACUACAGGCGGCCUUGAACUACAUUCCAGUGGGUUUAGCGUUAGGGUUGGGAGGGUUAGAGUUAUAGUUUGUAGUAGUGCUUGGACACAAUAAUUUAACGCAAGACAACGUGUUCUACAAGGGGGUUCUUAGUCCCGUGUCCAGCUGCUUGAAGGUAUUCGGUGAGGCAGCUAAAACAAGUGUUUAUCACGGUGAUAACGAUAAAACCAGGCAAGAACGUUUGGAUAAAUACUGGCGACAGACCUCAUAAACCUGUUUGCGGAUUUUAGACUUUAGUUGGAUCUGAAGCACAUUACUUGUAUCAGAGACUAUUCACUGGAAUACUGGGAACCAACUGAGUACGAAUACCUCGAGGUUGCGUUACGUAGUUGAAGAAGGUCAUCGGGGGGCAUGUCUAAUUCCUAGUUGGCAUCAGUUUUGUUAGUGUGGGGAUAUCGGUGCUGUGUGCAGCCAUAAAUUGUUUCACAAUAGCUCAAAACUGCAAAGCGCCUGCGCUGUGCACUCAUAGGAAGAAGAGCAGUUGUAACAUAUCGAUAAAAAGCGGAUUAAAAGUGAAACCUAAUUGACUAGGUCUUUUUUACUCUCAAGGGUUUUAAAUAAGGUGCUUGUGUGCUUUGCCGACGGUAAGACGCCUGAUUUCCCCGUAAGCUGGACGGCUAACGCAAUGCUUAACCUCACCCGGUGGGCGUAUAAUCACGUCAGUGUUGUUACGCUCGAAAACACCUAGUCAAUUUACCACAAGACGCUCCGAAAUUGUCCCAGAAAGUUUUCCGCGAUGGGCUCAAGUGGUUUUCUUAGAUAGGUGAGUUUUAAUUCCUGGGAAAGUUUAACCAAUGAAAUAUUUCAAGGUAUGGUUAUGCAAAUGCAAUGUGAGUCACCAAAAGGUCCUAAAAGUCCAGUUUUGAAAUGUUUAUGCGCUUCUGGACCCUCCUCCAUGAGAAUAUGGAUAUGACAAUAAGUUCUGCAUGAAGUAUGCGGGAAAUAUUAGAACCUCUUAAGAAUGAAGUACUUAAGUUAUCUCACAUUCAACAGGAGACGUGUAACGUUCCACGAAUCGGAUUAGUUUGUUUGGAUGAAGUGAACACUUUUUUGGCGCGGAUCCAGAAUGGCUAUGGCGUAACCACCUAUCGGUGGAAAUAGCCGGCACCCCUUCCCCACGUAACCACUGCUCCAUUUUCCCUAAAUUUCAUCGCAACGCCUAUCUCACUCACUCGCUACGUUGGCCUCUUCCACGACCCUGCCCUGCAGCUGCCCACAGCGCUGCACUCUACACCGGUGGUUUAGCAGGCAUUUCAGCGCCACCUCCUCCUGAGGGAAUCCGUCCUUUCUUGUAUCAUUAACUAUUACCACACAUACAGAUUCUCUACUGUGCCUACUACACAUAUUUUUUUUCUCGUCAAACUUUUCCUCGGCCUUGUCUCCUGGAUGGAAGCAGUGACGUGCCUAGCAGACCUCUCGAGCUCGUUCUAAGUCAGGCGUAUCUCCAGUGCUUCACGGACAACGGCACAACCUCCUAGUCAUUUGUAGUGGCCAAUGGAGUUAAGCAUGGCUGCAUUUUCGCGCCUACUAUCUUCAGUCUUAUGUUCUCUGGCAUGCUGAUGGACGCUUGCUGAUAUGGGCGCCCGGAAUACGCAUUGCCUACGGAAAAGACGGGCAUCUUCUCAGCAACAGGCACAAGAAGGCCCGACCGCGGUUAUCUACGACCACGGUCCACGAUCUGCUCUUCGCCGACGACUGCGCGCUCAACACCACGACUGAAAUGGACACGCAAUAACUCAUGGACCUCCUCGCUGCCGGGGUGUGACAACUUAGACUUGACUAUCAAUACGGACAAAACGGUGGUCGUGCAUCAACCGUCACCCAACACGCAACACUGCACCCUUCCUAGAAUCACUGUCGACGGCCACCAAGUCAAAACCGCGUGCAGUUUUGCUUAUCUCGGAAGCACACUUUCCAACAGCACCAGAAUCGACGAUGUGGUUACCCACCGGAUCUCCAAAGUCACCCAAGCCUCAGGCCGGCUGCAGAACUCUGUAUGGAAUCGUCACGGCCCUCAAUCGGAUACCAAACUGAAGAUGUGACAUAAAUGAUAAUGUUCUCACGGACUAACGAAUGAUAUCUCAGGAGCCCUAAGUAUUAAUAACAGUAAGAAAAACCGGUUAGUGAAUAAUAUUGUUAUGCAAAGCGUAAAAUGACCUGACAGCAGAGCACGACAGAGGAGCACGCCAGCGACGCGGGGCUGUCCAACCGUGUUGUCUCCAUCACGUUAAAACAAGCGAUUCAGUAAGAAAAACAUGUCUAAAUUGUCAAAAGUGAAUUAGUCUGGUACCUCGCUACAGAUGUGCAAGGCUGUCGUCCUGACGACACUUCUCUACGGAGCGGAGACUUGGACCGUCCACUCCAACCAUGCAAAGAAGCUCAAUCAAUUCCAUCUCAGCUGCCUUCGCAGAAUGCUAAAACUGAGAUGGCCAGAUAAGAUCCCCGACACGAAAGCCAUAUAACGGAUCCGCGUCCUUAGCAGUCACGCCAUGUGGAGGCGACUGCAACUAAUUGAGAGCGAUCAUCUCGUGAGGAUGUAAAACACACGACUACCGAAACAACUGUUUAAUGGUCUUGUUGCCACCGAUGCUCGCCGGCCCGGAGGACCAAAAUGACGCUACAAGGACACUUUGAAGAAUUUUCUUGAGCGAACGCAUAUCAGUCCAGAGACCUGGGAGAAACCCGCCCAGAAUAGACUGGCCUGCAGAAGAGAAACGAAGACCGGCGUUGCAAUCUACGAAGCAAAUCGGAUCGCCGUCGCCAAAGCCAAACGGAUCGCAGAUCACAAGUUGUUCGCCUCCUCAGUGCCAGUCAUCCCACAUUUCCAACACGUCCGCGCCGCCAACGCGCACUUCUUGCACGAAUCGGUCACGUUGGACACCUUUGGAUCCAAUACACCACCAACCCGACAUCGUCUACCUCUUCCCCUUUUCUCGCCCCUGCCGCAAAACCUGCGCCGACGGCCACCUACGUCACCGCCAUCACACCGUCGCUGCCUCGCCGCCUCCACCAUCCGCCCUGUUCCAGCGGCCAGCACCACCAACAUUACGUCUUCAUGCAAUCCGCCACCGAUGGUAUGACGUCCGACGUCUAAUCAACUUCAAAAAUCACCACAAUCCUCAUCUCCAACGAUGUGGACUCGGUUCAAACCUGUCCUCAUUGAGAUUGCACAUUCAUCUCCCACAUCGGCCUGGUCAGUUACUUGCGAAUCCGCCGCACAAAGACUGGCGAACCAGUGCCUGGAGCACCCACAUACACUCGCAUCCGUCUCCACUGUCCACACUGUCGCCGCGCAUUCACCCACCGCACGGGCCUACUAGGUCAUAUGUGUAUCCAUGACAGCGGAAUUUGCCGCACUACUGACACACCUAGCACUUCUUGCACGCUUACCAUGUCUAGCCCAGUCCACACAACAUCGCCCAGAGCGCCCAAACACAGCAGCUCCAUCGCCGUCACCAUUACAACCGAAACCGACUCUGAUAAUCCCGAUAUAUCCUGCACCCACUAACGCCUUCGAUUGCCUCCAAAGCACAGUUUGGAAUCGUCGCGGUCUCCAACUGAGCACGAAGCUAAAGAUGUACAAGGCCGUCAUCCUGCCGACGCUGCUAUAAGGAACGGAGACAUGGACGGUGUACACAAAGCAGCCACGCCGACUGAACCACUUCCACCUCAGUUGUCUUCGUCGUAUCCUGAGGCUGAACUAGCAGGAUCGCAUCCCCGACACUGAUGUGCUGGAACGAAGGGGAAUCCUCAGCAUCUACACCAUGCUGAGACAAAGGCAGCUGCGCUGGAGCGGCCACCUCGUGCGCAUGGACAACGAGCGACUACCCAAACGACUCUUCUACGGAGACGUCGCGACGGGCUCUCGCCGUCAAGAAGGCCAGAUUCGCUGUCACAAGGACAUUCUGAAGUCCUCCCUGAAGUGUCUGCAAAUCAACCCGACCAACUGGGAAAAGCUCGCACUCGACCGACCGGCAUGGAGGAGGACAGUGAAGACAGACGCUGCGAUCUACGAAGCCAACCGCAUCGCUGCCGCCAAAGUGAUACGCGAAGCCCGCAAAUCCCAACUUCGCCCAGUACGCAACGCCGCCGCACAGCCGCUCCCAACGAGACCUCGAUGUCAACGGACAUUUUGGGCUCGAAUCGGACUUGUUGGACAUCUUCGGAUCAACUGGGCCUCUCGAACUGCACCAACCAUCGUCCCCCCGCUCGCCUCUUCCUCCCCUCCGCCGCCAACUAACUCUGACAAUUCUUCUGAACCACCACUUUAA